GAUAUCCGGUAUGUUUUCUAUAAAUGCCGCUUCGCCGCUUUUGUUUUGCAAACAGCAAACAGGAGCCGGAAGUUAGUGAAACAAACACCGGUGGGAAACAUUUGUCUUGUAAAAAUGCAGAUCUUUGUGAAGACCCUCACUGGCAAGACCAUCACUUUAGAGGUCGAGCCCAGUGACACCAUUGAAAACGUCAAGGCAAAGAUCCAGGAUAAAGAAGGCAUCCCUCCUGACCAGCAGAGGUUGAUCUUCGCCGGGAAGCAGCUUGAAGAUGGCCGCACCCUCUCCGACUACAACAUCCAGAAGGAGUCCACCCUCCAUCUUGUGCUCCGUCUGAGGGGAGGCAUGCAGAUCUUCGUGAAGACCCUGACCGGCAAGACCAUCACCCUGGAGGUCGAGCCCAGCGACACCAUCGAGAACGUCAAAGCCAAGAUCCAGGAUAAGGAAGGCAUCCCUCCCGACCAGCAGCGUCUGAUCUUCGCUGGAAAGCAGCUGGAAGAUGGCCGCACCCUCUCUGACUACAACAUCCAGAAGGAGUCCACGCUGCAUCUGGUCUUGCGUCUGAGGGGAGGCAUGCAGAUCUUCGUGAAGACCCUGACUGGUAAGACCAUCACCCUGGAAGUGGAGCCCAGCGACACCAUCGAGAACGUCAAAGCCAAGAUCCAGGAUAAGGAGGGCAUCCCUCCCGACCAGCAGCGUCUGAUCUUCGCCGGGAAGCAGCUGGAAGAUGGCCGCACCCUCUCCGACUACAACAUCCAGAAGGAGUCCACCCUCCAUCUUGUGCUGCGUCUCCGUGGCGGAAACUAAGUAGCUUCUGCUGAUGAUGAUGUCUCAGUAACCCACAAUAUAUUCCGGUGUUCAAUCACUCCUCCUGAUCAGCUGUCACUCAUUCCUUUUUUUUUAAAAAAAAGUUUCAAUAAAGGUUGAGCAUUCCUGAAACUUGCUUUCAUCUGCUAUUGAUAAUUUCUCUGCACAUUUUAACCAGCUUGAAGUGACUUUUGGGUUCCAGAUGUUGAAUUGAGCUUAUAGAGUUGAACAGAAAAUGUAAAGAUGAUUGGAUUUAUGUUUGUGUUUUUGAAAGUGUUUGAGCUAAGAUGCAGCAUAGGUCCAACGUUGACUUAGAGUUCAGGUUUAAGUUGUUUUGGUGGAUCUGUUGAGCCUGAAAUGUUCGUUCUGGUUUCAUUAUGACUUUUAAGUGCAAAAGCAUCUACUGAAAUCCUGCUGUUACACAUGUUUAUCACGACUAAUAAAGUGGCUUCUCACCAU